AAGUGAAUGGAAUACAACGAGGAGCUUAUUAUAGCUAGUAGAGACUAGAAAGGGUCGCUCAUGCAGCUGUCAUCCCACACCCGAACCCUCUCUUCCAGCGCAUAGCCGCAGCAGCAGCAGCCCCCUUGCCUUGCCUUCCUUCCUUCGUCCCGUCUCUUCUUCUUCCGUAGCUAACAGAUCCCUUCUUCUCUUCCUGUCUCUUCCAAGGCAGAGAGGGGUUUUGUUAUGGAAGGAUAUCUUUCCACAACUUGGAAACCCAAGCAAUUGACGGGGAAAGACGGGUCUCUGCGCAAGGCAGCCGAAUCAGCGUGCCGGAUCGGACCGAACCGGCCCGGCCAAAUCCACUCUUAAUAACCACGUACGCAUCCAUCGGGCAAGUCCAGGUUCGUUUUCGUAUCUGUCUCGAUCGAUCCCCGGUGAGAGCCCGUCUCAAAUAAGAAAGGAAAGGAGCUCUAGUACAGCUCCGUGGAGACGUGUUGGUUGCGUCAGAUCGAGCUAGGGUCGACUCACAUGGCGGCGGCGGCGGCUUCGUCGUCUUCCUCUGCUGGCGGCUCGCCGGCGCAGGCUCCGGGCGGCGGCGGCGGAGGGGUCCCGUACCACCGGUCGCGGUUCGGCGACACGACGCUGACCAAGGUGUUCGUGGGCGGGCUGGCGUGGGAGACGCCGUCCACGGGUCUCCACGACCACUUCAGAGAAUACGGCGAGAUACUCGAGGCCGUCGUCAUCACCGAUCGCGAGACCGGCCGAUCCAAGGGCUACGGAUUCGUGACGUUCCGGGACCCGGAGUCGGCGCGGCAGGCGGUGCAGAACCCGAACCCGGUGAUCGCCGGCCGGCGGGCCAACUGCAACAUUGCGUCCAUGGGCCCGCCGCGGCCCUCGCCGCAGAGAUCAGGGAGGGCCCCGCGCGGGGCCCAUUUUCAGGAUCAGCAGCCCCCGGCCCCACCGCCUUACAGUUACAUGGGCGGCAGGAUACAGUCGCAGCAGCAGCAGCAGAUGGCCACCCAGCAUCACGCCAUGUUCUACCCUUCUCAGCAGUACGGGUACUGGUACCCACCUGAUUAUCCAUACCAACAGGCCUUGUACAAUUCUCAAGUGCAGCAGUACUUCUCUCAUAUGUAUGGUCAAACUUCGCCUUCAACAUCACCCUACCCAUACAUGGGGUACAUGCCUGGUGGCCAGGGUCCAAGGGCUGGCUUCUCGCCAAUGCAACAAGUGGCGCCGCCGCUGUUCUUUCAGCAGCCGACGGCACAGAUGGAGAGUACUUUCCAGACAGCCCCUUCGCUCCCUCCGAACUUCAGACUCCAGUUACCCCCUCGUGCAAUCUCAAGGCAGUCCGACGAUACAUCCUGUUCUCAACCAACGCAGGCAAUUCCUGCAACUGAGGCGACAAGCACAGAAGACCAGGAAGCGUCAACGCCUGUUACAAGAUCAAACUCAGAUCUAAACACCUCGAACUGACUUGCUGAACUGAAAACUCGUCCAAGAAAUUAAUGUCGAUCUGGAGCGGACUAUUGGUGGUCCACAAAAGAAUCCCAAGAUACUCCUUUCUUGACUGAAAAAAAUAGCAUCAAAAGACCUGUUCUUUCAUUAUUUCUGAUUCUUUUCCAAUUUCUGCAACGCAUUUCUUUGGUGAAUCCAUUGUACGGUGAAACUGGACUUCACGUCAGAAAAUUGGAAUUUGCCUGAAUAAGUUCCGGAGGCAUUAUGAUAGGAAUUUGUCUUCUCCAUGUCUAA